CAAAGCUGCAAAGAUAAUCCAUAUGGGACCUCAUCCCUCCUCUCUGGCAUAUGCAGCUCACUGCUGAUUCCGAUUUGCACACAGACACAGGCUCGCUCAGAAAACAACAAGCUGGAUGAUAUCGCGGCAUAUAAUCUCAAACACAAGUAGCCACGAUCUUGACUACGGCCAUCAUCAUGAGUAUUAAACAAGCCUGCAUCUUUCUCAGGAGCGGAGCGAAAAGACCCACAAGAACUCUUACAAACGAUGAGAUUGAAGAGUUACGUGAAGCUUUUAUAGAGUUUGAUAAAGAUAAGGACGGUUUCAUAACCUGUAAGGACUUGGGGAACCUGAUGAGGACCAUGGGUUACAUGCCGACUGAAAUGGAGCUUAUAGAACUGAGUCAGAACAUCAACAUGAAUUUGGGGGGACGGGUGGACUUUGAAGAUUUUGUGGAACUUAUGACCCCCAAGCUCCUGGCUGAAACUGCAGGGAUGAUCGGGUUGAAGGAACUCAAAGACGCAUUUCGAGAGUUUGAUUUAGAUGGAGACGGUGCAAUCACAACUGAGGAGCUGAGACUCGCCAUGACCAAGUUACUAGGAGAACAAACUAGCAAAAAUGAAAUUAAUGCAGUGGUCAGAGAAGCUGAUAAAAACGGAGAUGGAACAGUCGACUUUGAGGAGUUUGUGAAGAUGAUGUCGCAGAAAUGAGGACAACAAAAUUAAUGGUUGACUGUGAAUGAAGAGGAUGCCUAUUUAUCUGAUUAUGCUUACAGCCUACUUAUUAUAAAUAAUGUUACUUUUUUCCUGUUAUUCAGGUGGCAUCUGCCUCCUACACAAUCACGUGGAGCUCAUUCAUUUUAACUUAGCAAAAACGUGUUGCUCUUUUUGUUAAUAUUUAUGCAAAUUAAAUUGUUAAACAAAUUGAAUGAUAGCUCUAGACAGCCACAAUCUCAAAGGUCCAGUGUGUAGGAUUUCAGGGAAUCUAUUAGCAGAAAUCUAAUUUAAUGUUCAUAACUAUGUUCUCUUUAAUGUAUAAUAACCUAAACUAAUAAUUGUUUGUUUCCGUUAGCUCAGAAUAAGCCCUUCAUAUCUAAGGAGCCGGUGAUUUGCAGUGUCCUUUUCCUACAGUAGCCCAGAACGGACAAACCAAACACUGGCUCUAGAUUACAUAACCUGAAGGCCACCAGUUCUCUGACACGCUUAGGAAGGGAGGUUGAGCAGAGGGGUAUUCAGUUGGUUGCAAUCUGCAACCUUACCACUACAUACCAAUAAAUCAGCACACUGGCCCUUUAAGUUGUUCGAUAUUUCAGUUCAGCAAAUUUGAAAAGUUCAGGUCCCAGGUGCUGUCCCACAGAGCAGUGAGUCAUUGUCAACCAAUUUUAGUUUGAACAAAUAACACUUGAAAUUAGAUGUCUGCGAUGUCCAGCUCAGUAGGAAGCUGAAGUACAGAGAGUCUCGUCAAAUCUGUUUCAACAAUUGUCACUGUGUUGUGGAGAUGUUGUGCCUGUGCUGCAGUGUGGACUGGCCUUGGAGAACUAUAGUAAAACCAAUUGGUAUACAAGUGUAUUUGCUAUUUAAAGAUAACAUGCAUAAAAUGUGUCGACAGGCCCGUGUCAGUCACAAUUACGACUCGGCUGUUGAGUGCAAUGAUACAUGAAAGCAUUAGCCCACAAAAAGUAGUAGAACCAGAGUUCUGCAGGGACAGAGUGGCAGGGCGGAGGACCAAUCUUUCAUUAAAAGUCUGCUUCUGUCAUCCCUGGCUUUUCCCCACCAACUCUUAAUCACAUUGGGGGAAAGGGGAAAUGAGAAUUCCAUGACACCUUGCAGUAGAUAACAAUGUGUGGGAGAAUAAACUAUGUGCAUGCUUUUUUCCUAAGCAUGAUCAGUGUGUAUUGGGUGUGGACAAUGACAACAGAUAAUCAUUGAUGCAGAUCCUUGCUUUCUGUAGGGAGUGUCUGCAGUGAACUGAAUCUGAUCCAAAAGACAUUAUCAAUCAGCUGAGAAUGUUCAGCAAAAACAAUUAAUGUUUUACACUGCCUUUAGUGUGACUUCAGCCCUGACCCUGGAAUACAAUCAGUGACACUUGGAGAACAUGAUCUCAGCAGGGCCUUUCCUCUACUGCCACCUCUUGACCUCUCAUGCUUAUGUCUCACUAGGGUGUAAAAACAGCCCACCAUCUGCUAGAAGUUUCUUUAACACUGUUAUGUGUGGUGGAAUGUGGCUCGGUACAUUUACUCGAGAACUGUCCUUACUUUAUGAUACUUGAUUCGUGUUUCCAUGUUAUGCCAUGUUUGUACCUCUAUCACACUACUUUUUAGAAGCCAAUAUUGUAGUUUUUACUCCACUUUAUUUAUUUGACAACAUGUCACUAGUUGCUUUUCAGAAUCAGAUUAAUAAAUGAAAAUAUAUAUCAACAAAAA